AUGAAAUUAGUUUGCAAAAUCACUCCCCUUUAUAUUGGCGUGGCGGUGUUGAGUCCGACAGAGAGCGGUGGGUGCAGCGGCAGCGACAUCACCGAGCCCCGCUCGCCGCGCAGCCCCGAGCUGUCGGGGGGAGAGGGCGCGACCGCGCGCAUGCCUCCCUGGGCGAGCGAGCCGGCGCAGGGCCCGAGGCGCCUCGCGGCCCAACCAGCGCCAGUGCGCCGCCCCAACCCGCCCAGCCAUCGCCGCAUCACCGAGUACUUCAACCACAAGAUGAAACCUCAGACCGGCCUCAAACGCGACGCCGCCUGCAUCGAUGACAAGAAGAAGUGCCUACCGAAGAACGGCGUCACUCACGACCUAGAGAAAUAUAUCACCUACCUGUCCCAAACGCUCAGCCCGAAAGUAUUAUUAGAUGUCGGGAAACAAGCCGACGUUAGGAAUUCGAACAGUCAAAUCGCGAACUGUAGUGCAGACACGACGAGCAACACAGAUUUCAGUACGGGCGGCCAUGUCAAAGGUGCUCCUGACUUUUGUAGGUCUAAAGACAAUAAAGAUCGAAUUCACUCAACGAUGAACGGUUUCGUUGACAUUCGACACGGACCCGAGUCCAAUAAACGAGAGAUCAUUACUGCGAGCCAUCUCAAUGGUACUCUUGACAGCAAAAAAUGUUGGUUUGAGAUGAACUCGUCGCAUGACCCAUCCGCCAAUGGUAUUUUGAACUCUCACACGCAGAAAUCAUGUGCUAAUAAACGUAAAAUGCCAAUACCCGCCAAUAAGAACUUAAUCGAAGUGAGAAUAGCACCAUCUACUUGUGUUCGUAACACUCAAAAGAAAACGGCGGCUCAUAAAAACGAAGCACGAAUGAACGGAGUCGUGAGUUCGACAACGAAAUUAGACACAAGGAUGAAUGGAGUCACGUGCGGUUCAAAUAAUUUGAAUUUGAACAUUAAACCUAAAAUUGCACCGGCGAAAAAGGAUACUGCAAAGAAAAAUACAUCCCCGCCAAAAAGAUCGAACAGAAAAUCUUCAGCAUGCAUUGCGAAUAGUAAAAACCUGACCUGGUCCAAAGCUAACAAUUUGAAGCAAGUUCAACUUCAAAAGCAGCAUUGUGCCAAUUCAGUCCAAAGUGCUCCACUAAAUAACAUUCCCGGCGAACUGAACGCAACACCAAAGAUUAUUCCAAACGGUGUCCGACAAGUCUCCAUGGCAGUAAACAACGGUAUCGGCAAUAUGAAUGUGCCAGUCACAAAUUUUCAAAACUGUCAUCCGAUAAAUCUUCAACACCCACAACCAUGUAACGGCACAGUUACAUCCACAAACUUAGCGUCUUUUGUAGCUAUGCCUCAUAAUGUUAUGCUCACAACUUUAAGGAUACCACCAAAUGGUUUACCCGCCCAGGCAUUAACUCAACAGAACGGAAUGAAUUCUUUCAACAGACCAAAUGUCAACGUAUCCUCCAGCCCGACAAAGCUCAACGGCCAGUUUGUUUUUCCAUUCGUACAAAAUAUUAAUGGCACUGUAGUUCAAAUACCUAAUCUAAUGGCGAAAAUGCCAAAUUUCGUACUUCCUCAAUCUGCUCAAUUAACAGCUCCGAGGCAAGAUCACAUGACAAACCAGCAAUCGGCUCAAAUUCUGAUCAAUGGUACAUUAUUAAAAUUAGCAAAUACGCCUCCAGCGUAUCCUGCCAUCAACAAAAUUUCACCAGUUACAAGUCAGUCAAUACCAGUUAUGAAUAAAAACAUGACAGGUAUGCAAGCUGUCGGAAUGACAGUUCAGCCAAAAACAAAUUACACGGUGAAUUUGAGUCAUCCCGUGUUAAUGCCGCAACCCGGAUAUAUCGUUACUUCAGUGCCAAAUAUCAACGUCAAGGAAACCUGGAGCUGUUCAAGCACAAACCCAUCUUCGUCUCCUCAAACCUCAUGCUCGAACCCAAUAGUUCACCAUCCGCCACCGAUGAUUACAAAUUUCACGACGCAAGCUUUACACUCGAGUAGUAUACCCAUGGCCCCGGUGAAACCUCCAGACAAUCCGAUCCAAGGCACAGAACCGCCUAGCAGUACAGUAAAAGAAGCCGAAUUUAUGGAUCUUAAAGAUGAAAAGUGUGAUAUACCCUGGCUGUCAAAAACUGUAAAUAACAAUUUUGUUUCAUUAGACACAAACAAAUUACCUUUAAGGCCUUUUGCACAAGUCAGCAGUUUGUCCGAGAAAUUGGAAGAGUUUGCAAAAUGUGAAAUAAAAAAUAAACAUAUUAUUGAAACGUCAUCGAAGUUGGGAGACUUAAUGUCGUUAGAGGAAAAAAGGAAAGUUGACGAGGUGGCGAGAAGAGAAGAAACUAUUUUUACACAGAUAACAGUUUUAAAGGAUGUCACGUCGAACGUAGAGAGUAGUGUUAUAGAGGCGGAUUUCUGCACCGCGACAACGGAGUCUUCUGAAUCCGGCAUCGGCACUGACAAGUCGAUAGAUUCGCCAAGUGAUUCGCAAGCAAGCAAGGAAUGUGACGAUGACUCCUCGCUUUCCCUUAGCAUAAGUAUUUGUUCAAUGGAUGCGCAGAGUAGUCAGAAGAGCCCAAUACUAAAGCAGCCUAAAACACUGCGGUUUCCGCCCAAAAGUAGUAUCAAGCCCCAGAACGACAAACGGACUUCUAGCACAGAUACAACGUCCACAGUAACCGUUUGCCUAUGGGAAAACUGCAAGAGGGAUUUCGAGAGCGAUUCGGAUCUUCUGGAACAUAUACAGUCAGCCCACGUGGAGUCGCAGGCGGGCUGCGAGAACUACGUCUGCCAGUGGGAGCGAUGCAAAGUGCGAGGCAAACCGUCCUGCUCCAGACUGUGGCUGGAGCGGCAUGCGCUCGCGCACAGCGGGAACAAGCCGUUCAAGUGCAUCGUGGACGGCUGCGACAGGCGCUUCUCCACUCAGACUUUGUUGGAGCGGCACGUAAACAACCACUUCAACGAGGUGUCACCGAACAACAGUGGCAGCAAGAAGACUGCUGACAGCUCCGCAAAGCUCAUACGACGCAAUGGCAAGAAGCUGCGGUACAGACGGCAACCUUGGUCUGCGCGGAUGUUCGACUUCUUCGACGCGGGCACUAUGGAGGGGCUCGCGUGGCGGCUGUCGCGGAGCACCAGGUGGCGUUUGGGCGGCGCGUGUCCGCUGCGCGAGCCGCCCGGCAGGCACACGCUGACGCUGCACGCGGCGCUCACGGCGACCCGAUACAACGCCGCCGAGGCGCGCAGGGAGGCGCUCCUCACGUACUACCCGCCGCACGUGAUCGAGGACGAGUGGGUGCCCGAGAGGGAGGUGUCCAGGGUGAAGCGGGUGGAGAUCGCGCAGCUGCCUGUCCACACGAAGGUGCUGCUGUACGAGCAGUUCUGCGGCUCGUACCGCAAGAGCCCCUCGCCCCCGCCGCCGACGCCCCCCGCCCCGACGCCCCCCAUCCCGCAGCGGCUGCUGCCGAUGCGCCAGUGCAACUCGUCGCGCCUCCUCAACAACCUCCUAGUCAGGAAGAGGCUGAGGGAGCAGCGCAGGAGCUGCAACGCGACCAACGCGCCGAUGCUCUUCGAGGAGGAGAAGAAGGAGGAGAAGGUCAGCGGGGCGAAGAAGCGCAAGAUGGGCCGGAGGUACGGUGGCAACUCCUUCUGGCCGUGCGGACGG